AUGUCAGUCAACAGACAGAAUUUCACCCUUUUGCUUGCUAUCUUGGGGACAUUAACAGUUGGCUCUGUCACUGCUCAGAAUUUUGCAGCUUAUACUUUGAAUCCUGUGCCUAUAAUUGUGAACCUGGACGCUACAAGCCCUGCGAUUAUCUUACAGAGCCCUAACUUUGGAAUUGCUAACUAUGAGAACCUUAGUAACUACACACUGACUAUUCGUUCUGGCUCAGUUCCACUGGUUUUGGUAUUUUCCUUCAGACACUUUAACUUAGAGUAUGAACAAUCCUGUUUGUACGACGCUCUCUAUCUGCGAGAAGACGCAUUCUGUGGGACCUGGGCCGCCGGACGUGAGUUUCCAUACCUCUUUCUACCGCAGAGGGAGUUCACUAUUCGUUUCAAGACAGAUGAGAGCGUCAGAAGACCAGGUUUUCAGAUACUUGUGGAUCCAGAACCAGCAGAUAACGUGUAUGACGACUACAACGGCGAUUACCCAAACUACUUAUUCUCAAAUUAA